GAACCGCGCCUGGGAGCCGCUUCCCGGCACCGCGCCGCCGAGGAGGUGCGCGCUGACUUCCAGCGCAGGGUGCCCUACAGCUACCUGCAGCGCGCCUACAUCCAGCUGAACAAGCUGGAGGAGGCAGCAAACGCAGCUCACACCUUCUUCAUGGCAAACCCUGAGCACAUGGAGAUACAGCAGGACAUUGAGAACUACAAAACCACAGCAGGGAAAGUCAGCUUGAUCGACCGGGAGGCCAAGCCACACAUGGAAGAUUACACUGCUGGGGUCAGGCACUAUGACAAGGAGGAGUAUGGGUUGGCCAUCACCUUCUUGGAGCGUGCACUGAAAGGGUACUAUGCUGAGGAUGAGGAUUGCCAGAUCAUGUGCGAGGGACCACAGAGGUUUGAGGAGCACGAAUACCUGGAAUAUAAGGCUGGCCUCUAUGAAGCUAUUGCAGAUCACUACAUGCAAGUCCUGGCCUGCAAACACGACUGUGUCCGAGAACUCGCCACGCGCUCAGGCCGCAUCUCACCCAUCGAAAACUUCCUUCCCCUCCACUAUGAUUACCUGCAGUUUGCCUAUUACAGAGUUGGUGACUAUGUGAAAGCCCUGGAGUGUGCCAGGACCUACCUCAUCUUCCACCCAGAUGAUGAAGAUGUCUUGGAGAACGCAGCUUAUUAUGAGGGCCUCUUGGAAGGUAUCCUGGAUCCAGCCACUAUCAAGCCUAGAAAGGAAGCAAAAGCAUUACUGCGUCGGCACAAGCUGGAGUCCCACCUCCUGCGGGUGGCUGCAGUUGGUCUGGGGUUCACCUACACGGAGCCGAACUACUGGAAGAGGUACGGCGCCCGCCAAGAUGAGCACAGUGUCCCAUCAAGUAUUAGCAGUGAGCCAGAGGAUGGGCCCCGGCUGUCCCUAACAAAGAAACCUGCACCAAAACCAGAUCGAGAGCUGAAGGAGGGGGGUCCGCUUCUCUACAGCGACGUGAAGUUUGUCUACAACUCACAGCAGCUGAAUGGCACCCAACGAGUGCUACUGGACAACGUCAUCUCAGAGGAGCAGUGCCAGGAGCUUCACAGAGUGGCCAGUCAGGGAAUCAUGUUGGCUGGAGAUGGCUAUAGGGGCAAAACCUCUCCCCAUACCCCAAAUGAGAGAUUUGAAGGCGCCACUGUCCUCAAAGCCCUCAAGUAUGGCUAUGAGGGCCGUGUCCCACUCAAGAGCGCCCGGCUCUUCUACGACAUCAGCGAGAAGGCCCGCAGGAUCGUAGAGUCCUACUUCAUGCUCAACUCCACACUCUACUUCUCCUACACGCACCUGGUGUGCCGCACCGCUCUCUCUGGCCAGCAGGAGAGGAGGAAUGACCUGAGCCACCCCAUCCAUGCUGACAACUGCCUCCUGGACCCCGAGGCCAAUGAGUGUUGGAAGGAGCCUCCUGCCUACACCUUUCGGGACUACAGUGCCCUCCUCUACAUGAAUGCAGAUUUUGAAGGCGGAGAAUUCAUUUUCACUGAGAUGGACGCCAAAACAGUGACGGCAUCCAUCAAGCCCAAGUGUGGACGAAUGGUCAGCUUCUCGUCAGGCGGUGAGAAUCCGCAUGGGGUGAAGGCAGUUACCAAAGGUCAGCGGUGUGCUGUGGCUUUGUGGUUUACCUUGGACCCACUUUACAGAGAGCUGGAGCGAAUCCAGGCAGAUGAAGUGAUCGCCAUGUUGGACCAGCAGCACCUAGGACCCAGUGAAAUGAACAUCAAUCCAAAGGAUGAGCUAUGAACUAGGCCAAAGACUUUUUCUAUUAAAUAUUUAUUUAAUAUUGUUAAUCUUAUUAGAACCUUUUAUAUUUUUGUACAGAGAUGCUGUAUAAAUUAACAGGUUAAUAUGA